GCCUUUCUCUGCGGACCCAGCGUCCAGUAAAAUUGUUGGAUUCCUCGAUCUGCAGAUAGGCCAGACAAGAUGUUGAUCUACAAGGAUCUCCUGUCAGGUGAUGAGCUCAUCUCCGACAGUUACAACAUGAAGGAGUCUGAAGAUGGCUUCUUUUACGAGGUGGAUGGCAAGUGGGUCACUGUUGGCGAUGUGGACGUGGACAUUGGUGCCAACCCAUCUGCAGAGGAGGAAGAGGAUGGCGUUGAUUCCCAGUCACGUAAAGUUGUUGAUGUGGUGGAUGCCUUCAGACUGAACGAGCAACCGAGCUAUGACAAGAAGCAGUUUUUGGGCUGGGCCAAGGAGUGGCUGAAGAAGGUCCUGGAGAAGCUUCCAGCAGACCAGCAGGAGGACUUCAAGGCCAAGUCGCAACCGGCAAUCAAGAUGUUGAUGGGCAAAAUCAAGGAACUGCAGUUCUUCCUUGGAGAGUCAAUGGACCAGGAGGGCACUCUGAUCUUUGCCUACUAUGCUGACGGCGCCGCGGAGCCAAAGUUCCUGUACCCAAAGUAUGCACUGCAGGAGAUCAAGGCAUAAGGCUAUGAAGUUCCGGGAAUGAAUGCCGGCUAUGUGUGCAAUUUCUACAGCAGACAUGUAGCUUUGUAUCCUGCCUGCAAGUCUUUCAUGCUUGUGUAGAGCUGACGUAUAGUCGUGCCGUAAUUUCAGAGUAUAAAGGCAGCCCCAACAACUGUGAAAGAAUUCUCUUCGAUGUCAGAAUGGAUGGUGUCUCAAUAGUGAGAGGUCAAUGUUUCCUGCAUAAACAGCAGUUCAAGGAACAGCGUGUGUAAGUCAGCUGAUGAUCGUGUUUGCCUCAUGGUGGUGGCUUUAGGGUGGGGUUGCUGGACGUGUUGAUUUCUUUGGGUCAUGACUUGUAAACAACCCUGAACGUAUCCGG